CUCCUCCUCCUCGGCGGCGGCUCCCGGGCUGCGCGCAGGGGCCGCUUCAUUCAUUUCUUCUCCUUUUUAUUUACAAUACGCCCCGCCGUGCUGACCCGGAGCCCGCGGCGGUGCGGGGGCUGUUUCUCGUAGCGUCGGGCCGGUGGCUUUCCCGGGCGGAGUGCUGGCGUGGGGGGGAGCCGGGAGCGCAGGAGGGCACCGCCGCCCCGGGGACCCCCGGCCGGGCCCUGCCAGGUUUUUAAGGUGGGGUACGCUUACUCCUGUUAGCUCUCUUCUGUGAGAAAGCAUGGCUCCGCUAAAGGUGCAUGGACCUGUGAGGAUGCGCAGCAUGCAGACUGGGAUUACAAAAUGGAAAGAAGGGAGCUUUGAAAUUGUGGAGAAGGACAACAAAGUGAGUCUAGUGGUUCACUACAAUGUUGGAGGAAUUCCAAAGACAUUUCAGCUAAGCCAUAACAUUAAAACUGUGACCUUACGACCAAAUGGUAGAAAACUGUGCUGCCUGAUGCUAACACUAAAGGAUACCAGCUUCCUGACAAUUGAUAAGGUACCAUUUAAAGAUGCAAAUGAAAUGCGGAUGUAUUUGGAUGCAGUCCAUCAAGACAGGGUUCAUACUGCUGGGAAACCCUCUCAGGGAUCUGGCAGCUUUGGAGGUGUGCUGGGCAGCAGGACCACACAGAAGGAAGCUAAUAGGCAAUUCUCUUAUAUAGAGAACCAGACUCCUCCCAAAAGAGUGACUGUGGAAAGUAAGGAGGAAAAUCCAUUUCGCAAGGUGCUGGGUACCCCAGCAAGAGCGUCUGUUAAGAAUUCCGCUGGAACUGGAACACCUACCAACAGGGUGAACAUUUCAGCAUCUCCUGCGUCAUCAGUCCCUCACAGAACGGGCUUGUUGGAGAAUCGUGAAAAGAGGAAAAGAACACAACCUCCUGGUUCAGAAAUGAGUGAAGAUUAUCCCAAAGAGAAUGAUUCUUCAACGAAUAAUAAAGCCUUGAGUGAUCCAGCAUGGAAGUACUUGAACAGUAGCAGAGAGAAACAGUUGAAUCUGAAGCAGGCAGAGGAAAAUAGGACAUCAGGUAUUUUACCACUGCAGUCAUCAUCCUUUUAUGGUAGUCGGUCCUCAUCAAAAGAGUACUCCACUGGCAGUUCCACCCUGGACAGGUCUAGUGUAUCCAGCCAGACUCCUUCAGCCAAAAGAAGCCUGGGAUUUCUUUCUCAGCCUGCCCCUCUUUCUGUUAAAAAAAUGAGAUCUAAUCAAGAUUAUACAGGGUGGAACAAACCCCGAGUGCCCCUUUCCACCCAUCCUCAACAACAAUUACAAGGAUUUUCAAACUUGGGAAACACCUGCUAUAUGAAUGCCAUUCUACAGUCCUUGUUUUCAAUUCAGUCUUUUGCUAAUGAUUUGCUCAAGCAGGGUAUCCCAUGGAAAAAAAUUCCACUCAAUGCACUUAUCAGACGUUUUGCCCAUCUGCUUGCUAAAAAGGAUGUCUGCAGCCCUGAGGUUAAGAAAGAGCUGCUCAAGAAGGUGAAAAGUGCCAUUUCAGCUACUGCAGAGAGAUUUUCUGGGUACAUGCAGAACGAUGCACAUGAGUUCUUGAGCCAGUGUCUGGAUCAGCUGAAGGAAGACAUGGAAAAGUUAAACAAAACUUGGAAAAGUGAGCCAGUCCCUAAUGAAGAUAACUCACCUGGACGGGCUUCUGAUGACCUCUCAGCCACCAAAGUUUAUACGUGUCCAGUUAUCAGUAACUUAGAGUUUGAGGUUCAGCAUUCUAUCAUUUGCAAAAUGUGUGGUGAAACAGUCACUAAACGAGAACAGUUUAAUGACCUCUCCAUUGACCUUCCGCGAAGAAAGAAAUUGCUUCCUUCCCGAUCGAUCCAGGAUUCCCUUGACCUCUUUUUUCGGGCAGAGGAGAUCGAGUAUUCCUGUGAGAAGUGCAAUGGAAAGUCUGCUGUUGUCACACACAAGUUCAACAGGCUUCCCAGGGUCCUGAUUCUUCAUCUGAAACGAUACAGCUUCAAUGUAGCAUUGUCUCUCAAUCAUAAAGUCGGGCAGCAGGUGGUUAUUCCAAGAUACUUAACCCUGCUUUCACACUGUACGGAAAGCACUAGGCUGCCACUGACGCUGGGAUGGAGUGUCCAUUCUGCAGUUUCCCGUCCAUUGAAAGCCUCCCAAAUGGUGAAUUCCUGUACUAUAAGCACUUCCACACCUUGUAGAAAAUACACUUUCAAGUCAAAGAGCUCUGCAGCACUCUAUGUAGAUUCUGACAGUGAUGAUGAGCCAUUGAAACGCUCUGUUGCCCAUAGCCAAAGGUUGUGUAACGUGCAGACUAGAGAUCAGCAACAACUGCAAGAAGAGCCGGAAAAGGGUUCAAAAAGAAGUAAAAUGGAGGGUGAUAAACCCGAGCUGGGAAAUGCUGGUUUUGAUGGGAUGAGCGAAGAUGAGCUGCUAGCAGCUGUCUUAGAGAUUAGCAAAAGGGAAGCUUCUCUGUCUCUGAGCCAUGAUGAAGAUAAGCCCACAAGCAGCCCAGACACUGGUUUUGGAGACGACGAAAUUCAGGAAUUGCCAGAAAACCUGGAAUCUAUGGAGAUGGAGAAAUCCAAAGCAGCGUUAGACUCAGGUCCUGCCAAUUUCACUGAGAUAACUAAAGAUUUUGAUGAGAAUAAGGAAAACAAAACUCCGGAAGGCUCCCAGGGGGAGGUUGACUGGCUGCAGCAGUACGAUAUGGAGAGAGAGAGGGAAGAACAAGAACUUCAGCAGGCACUGGCUCAAAGCCUUCAAGAGCAAGAGGCACGAGAACAAAAAGAGGAUGAUGACCUUAAACGAGCUACGGAAUUAAGUCUACAAGAGUUCAACAGCUCUCUCCUGGACAGCGUUGGUUCUGAUGAAGACUCUGGGAAUGAGGAUGUUCUUGACAUGGAGUAUUCAGAAGCUGAAGCAGAAGAGCUGAAGAGAAAUGCUGAGACAGGAGAGCUUCCCCACUCCUAUCGUCUCAUCAGCAUUGUCAGCCAUAUCGGAAGCACAUCAUCUUCAGGUCAUUACAUCAGUGACGUCUAUGAUAUCAAGAAGCAGUCCUGGUUCACCUACAAUGACCUGGAAGUGUCUAGAACUCUAGAGGCCACCGUUCAGUGUGACAGAGACCGAAGCGGCUACAUCUUCUUCUACAUGCACAAGGAUAUCUUCGAUGAGUUACUAGAAACAGAAAAAAAUGCACAGCCACUUAGCAUGGAAGUAGGAAGAUCGGUUCGUCAGCCUCUGUGAAGAGUAAAACACCUUGUUCCUCAGGAGGAACAAGGAAGAUUCUGAACUUGUGCCAGACACACAGGAGUAACAAACAGCUCAGGGCCAAAACAAGAGACAAAAGGUAGAAAUACGGGACGCUUGGUUUGUUGAACCAUCUGUGCAAGUCCUGGGCCUGAACCACGCGUUUAAACCUUGACAUCCCAGAGCGAUCCUCCUGUGGUGAAGUUUUUAUUGUUCCUCAAAUAAUUUUGUCAGCAUGGAGCCUUAAAGAGUUGCAUCAAGCCACAAGACUACAGCUGCUCAUAAACUGAUAUAAAAAAAAAAAAGUGCAAAAAGAGACUCAACUUUAAAAGCCCACUCACCUAUGAGACAUGAGUGGCGAAGAUUUACAUAUCACUUGGCUUUUUUUUUUUUUUUUUUUUUUUUUUUUUUUUUUUUUUUUUUUUCUCCAAGAGCAAUUUAAGCAAUAGAUUCUGUAACCUGGCGUGUGUUGUGUUAGUAAUAUUCACUGGAAACCCAGAUCACUGAGUACGCUCUUGCCAGUCAUCUCGCUAACAGGCGUUUUGGAGUCACUCAAGCUGACGCAUUUUGACAUUCAUGGGUUUGUAAGCACUCUGCUAUUUACAUACAGUUCCAGGAAACAAACUGUUGGUGCUGUGGAAUGUAUUGCAUACCUGGUGGCAGCUCUGUCAUUUUUUUACACCAUUCACUGUCAUCCUCCUUUAGACCUGAGAUUAUAUACGUGAUUUCUUUCAUUUUACAAGUUCUAUUAUUUGAUUGCAUUUUCUUCAUAAGGCUGUUGCCGAAGUACCAUUUGGAGAGGAGCGGUCUCUCUUUGGGUGUGCAGUAUUUUGCACUGAAGUUAUAUUGCUUAGGGCUGCUUUGAUGUAACUCUGGAGGCAGGUGAACACCUGGAGCAGACUGAGAACAGUAGCAGGAGGUGAGCAACAGCCACUUCGCAUCUUCUGUGAGGAAAAGAGUGUUCUAGCGUUACCCUUUCUGCGCAGGCCUGGGUCAUUGUGAAUCAGAAACGGUGGGAAAAGGCAGGGUCUGCAGGGUAGCGCUUGGCAGUUGAAUUGCUCUUUGAUGGAACCAUGGUCUUGCUUUGGUCUUCUCGUAUCCCAGGGUAAGAGGGUUUUUACUGCAGCUAUGCCUCUGUUCUCCUUUCUGAGGAGUGCAGAGUGCUCAAACUGUGAAACUUAAACCAGGUGGAAAGCUUUCAGAAAGCCCAUGUUCAGCAUUAACAGAAUACGGUUAGGAAGAAGUGUUGCAUUUUAUUGGAUUUAGAGACAUGAUGCUCCUUUUAUAGCUUGUUUCAGCAGGGGGGGAUAAGCCUAGUGACUUCACUUUUUCAGCACCUUCGCACUUACUUAGCAAGGGCAGAUGUUUCCUUUUGCUGGCAUUUACUCAUUUCAGAGAAAUUGUUGCUGUUAAGCAGAGUAGUUGCUCUUGUUUUGGCCUCUAGUUAUGAUUUUUGCAGCUUGAGUUUUAGAGGUGAAAGACUUCUUUAAAAACAAAAACAAAACAAAAAAACACAACCAAAAAAACCCACCUUCUUUUGCUGUCGAGAUAGUUUCUGGGUUUUUUUAAACUAUUGCUAGGAGUUUCUCAGGAAUAAAUCAGCUGAAGCAAAGCAGACAAAACCACCGAUUUAGGAGACAGCAGGCACCUCUUUCAUGGGCACUUCCACACUAGAGUUUAUCCUAGCAGGGGGAUGAUACCUCAGUGGCUUCUUCUCACCUCUGUGCACAUCAGUGAGCCACAGUCAUCGGUAGUCCUCCCCAAGCUGAGUACUUUGGGGACCCCAGCGUGGUGAAAAGACUGACUGACCUUCCAGUCCACGUGUCGGAUGAGCCCAGUGGACCUGGUCAGGGUGACAUCUUUCUGGUUUCCGGGCUAGGAGCGAACAUUUGGUUGUAAACAUGAUAGAGCAUUUAUCUUGUAAGAUGCAGCCCAUGUGGGUGUAUAUGUUAAUUUAUUACAAAGCAUUAUACUUUUCUAUUGUCGAUACUAAUUUUGGUAGAAUUCUGGGUAGCGGGAAGAGGCGGUGACAUGGGAGUUGUCCUUUGAACUGAUCGCCCCUGCGAAUGUGAUGAAGGGACUGCUCCGACCACAGGGCAAAUUUGUAUUCCCCAAGCGCAUCCUAUGCUAGUGCUGUAAAUAACCGGUAUUCCUGUAGUAUCAGAAGUCAGCUCUGCUUUUCUGGGUGGCAAGGUUGUUUUUGCAAGGCACUGCACUCCAGUUAAUUUAUAAUAAAAGCAAACAUUGCCUGACUUUUCAGUGCAGUAACUUUUGUUUAAAACCAGUUUUUGUUUGGAUCAAGGUGCGGAAGCUGAUGCUUGAAACCAGCGUUCCUUGUUUUAUGAAAAGUUCUUGCUUAUUAUUCUAGCCAUUAAGAAUGUGCAGACAUCUAUUAAUUAAUUUAAGCUUUUUUGUUUGGCAUGCAGCAGCUCAGUUGCACCUUCACACUGCCAGGAGUGUCUGCAGAGCCCCUUCCUUGCAGAAGCCAGCUUUCUCCCUGUCCAAGAGCAGCGGGGGGGAAGACAGUGUGUAAUCCCCGAGGGGCACGCUGCCCACCAGCUGUAACGUUCCCGAUGCUCACACUGUCCAGCAGCAAGUUCAGUAAGGUCAUCCCUUCCAGGUGGGGAUACCCAUCCUGGGGGGAUAGGUAGGUGGAGAAGUUCAGCUGCGGUCCCUGAACACAUGCAGGCUCUUCCUCAGAUGUACAGAGUCGCAGUUAAACAUUUACCCGCUCCUGAAUCAACCUAGUUUAGUCCAAGUGUGAUUCAGCAUAUAAACGCAAGGAACUCCCAUCUUGCCGUUUCUCUCGCCCCUUCGUUGUUUGACUGCGAUAAUUUGGUCUUGAUUUACUCCCCUACUCUGAGAGGUGCAAAACUGCUCGUGUCAAUGAACUGGAGCUUGUGUGCACAGGUCCCUGGGGAGCCCUGGCCAGCGGGGCUGAACAAAGAGCCUUUGCAAAGCAAGGACUGGUUUCCCCACUGGAGCGGCAGGCUGAGACCAAUGCGAGGAGCUGAGCAAGAGGAGGAGCGGGGGCUCUCUGACGCCUGGGGCCGUUGCAUUGCCUUCCACCUCCUGCUCGCUGCAGCGUGGAUAACCAUCACCCGUGCAUCUUCGUUCUCGUCCUGAGGAAGGGCUGAUGGCCAGCCCAGCGCUUCCUGCUGCGGUUCACCCUGGCACGGGGGCAUGUGGGGAUCACCGUGCUUAGUGGGGUUGGGGGCUGGGAAUAACUCAUCUGCUUUGUUUUCCUUUUAAUUGAGCUAAUUAUCCCUGUAAUUUCCCGCCAAAGAGAGAGAAAGGGGUGUGGGACCCGUGGCAGGUGCUGUCCAUGUAGCUCUGCUGCUGGACUCCAGCCUUGCCUGCCGUGGGGUGGCUGCUGCAGGUUUCUGCCUGCACCCCAGCUUUCUGGUUCUUUACACUGUUGAUGUGGAGCAGCACUUUUCUCUGUGUUUUAGCAGAUCUGUUCCUCUCUAUUCUUUACAGUUUUUGCUCUUGGGUUCCCCCCCACUCCUUUUUAAAUGAUGUGUAGAUAGAUUUUUGUGAAAUUAAAACCUCUUUCUUAAUCCUC